AUGGCUUUCUUCCUCCGGCGUCCAUUCGCCGUAUCGUCGGCGCUCACACAAGCCCCCAAGCUCUCCAAUACAGCUCGUUUCAUUCAUAACUCUCCAUUCAAGCCCUCCCAGUCCCCCAAGCCUUUUGGUGCCCAGUCGCCGUUCUUCACCAAGACUCGUCAGACCUUCCACAAUGCCUUCCGUCGCAGUUACAUGCAGCAGACCUACAAUGCCCAGAGUGGAAACCUCACUCAGAAGCUGCUGUAUGGCGGUGCCAUCGUCGGUGGUACCAUUCUGGCCACGAACUUCAUCUUCAACCGUGAAACCCGCGAGGAUGGCGGCAUGCCCGCUUACGAGCGGAGCUUCUUGAACGAGACUUUCAUGCACACUGGACUUGGUGUUGGUAUCAUCGCUGUUGCUGCCCGCGCUCUGCAUACUAGCGGCUGGUCGUACCGCCUCAUGGCCAUGAACCCGUGGCUGGUCAUGGGUGUUGGUUUGGUCGGCAGCAUUGGCUCGAUGUACGGUACAUUCUAUACUUCUCCGGAUAACUACGUCAUGAAGUAUGGCUGCUGGACCCUGUUCAACCUGACCCAGGCUGCGCUCCUCUCCCCACUGAUGUUCAUGCACCCUGCUAUCCUCGCUCGCGCUGGUCUCUACACUGUCGGCAUGAUGGGUUCGAUUGCCUUCGUUGGCGCAACCGCUAAGCAGGAGAAGUACCUGUACCUCGGUGGACCCCUCCUCGCUGGUGUCGCCCUCGUUGCCCUGUCUGGUCUCGCCCCCAUGGUUCUCCCCGCUACUGCUGCCCGUACCCUGAUGUGGUCUGAGCGCAUCUGGCUGUACGGUGGUCUGGCUGUCUUCGGCGGCUUCACUCUCUAUGACGUGCAGAAGAUCCUGCACCACGCUCGCCUUGCUGAGCGUGGCUACAUUAAGCGUGAUGUUGUCAACGAGAGUGUCAGCCUCGAGCUGGACUUCAUCAACAUUUUCGUCCGUAUGGUCCAGAUUCUCGGCAUGCGGAACAACAACCGCAAGUAA